AUGGUUGUGGUGGUGGAUGGUUUUUCGGAUCUGGUUGCCGGUUGGUGGGCUGGGCCCAACCCCCGUGGUUGUGGUGCUUUUGUUUUGUCCAAGAAAUUGGCUUGGCUCAGGGAUCAGCUCCGAAGAUGGUCAAAAGAGAGUUUUGGCUCAAUUAAACUCAGGAAACUGGCAUUGUUACAUGAUCUAGAGAUGAUUGAUAUCAUCAAGGAAUCUAGGUGUCUUUCGCCUGAGGAGAUUAUCCAGGAGCGUGGUAUUACGGAGAGUUUAGCGGUUAUCCGUAGACAAGAGGAAGUUUACUGGAAGCAGAGAUCUCGGUUACAAUGGCUGAAUGAGGGGGAUGAAAAUACGAGAUACUUUCAUGCAGUGGCAAAUGGGCGGAAAAAUAUUAACUUUAUUCCGUCGAUCAAUGGUGGCUCUGGCUCAAUCUCUGAUGCCAAGGACAUUGGUCGUGUUUUUGAACAGCGUUUCAGGGAGAUCUUUGGUAAGAGAAGGAAUUUCCGCUUCAUGGUGGAUCUCGGUAACCUUCUGAGGCACAAACCCUUUGUGGACUUAUCCUCCCUCGAACUUCCUUUUACCCUGGAGGAAGUGAGAAGAGCAGUUUUUGACUUAGGGAGUGACAAAGCCCCUGGGCCGGAUGGCUUCCCUAUGCAUUUCUUCAAGUCCCACUGGGAGAUUGUCAAAGGUGAGAUCAUGCAGCUUUGUCAGGAUUUCUUUACGGGGACGGCGAACUUAGAACGGAUUAAUUGGGCUUGUAUUGUUCUUAUUCCUAAGGUUUUAAGUCCGACCAAUCCGGGGGAUUAUCACCCCAUAAGCCUUAUUAACUCCUCUUUGAAAAUCCUUAGUAAGCUUCUGGCCUCGAGGCUUAGUUUGGUGAUGGACUCUUUGGUGGAUAAUGCGCAAUCUGCUUUUCUCAAAGGGAGAUAUAUCCUGGACAAUAUUGCAAUAGCGGAGGAGACAAUUUUCAGCAUACACAAAAGAAGACUGAAGGGUCAUAUUCUUAAGGUGGACUUUGCGAAAGCUUUUGACUCAGUUGAUUGGGAUUUCUUGCUGGAGCUUCUGAAGGUCAGGGGUUUUGGACCCAAUUGGCUACGUUGGAUUUCCACUAUUCUUAGCUCUUCCAAAGCUUCUAUUUUAAUUAACGGGUCCCCUAGUGGUUAUGUUCGGUACCAAAGAGGGUUGAGACAGGGGGACCCUCUGUCUCCCCUGCUUUUUGUGCUUGUUUCAGAUGUGUUGUGCACUAUGUUCGACAAUGCACUGAAAUCAAAAAUUCUGGUUGGGGUGCCACUGGGGGAGCAAGGCUGUGUCUGCAACUUGCACUAUGCGGAUGAUCUUCUGGUGUUGACGGUGGGGGGAGCCGAAGACCUCAGGGUGAUCAAGUUGAUUUUGCUGGUCUUUGAGGGGUUGUCCGGCUUGGAAACUAACUUUUCCAAAACUUGCCUUUACACUACGAAUUUGCACCAACUUCCUCAAAUGUGCGAGGCUAAAACGGUUAAUUGUGAUGUGGGUCUUCUCCCUGUGACCUAUCUUGGCUUACCUGUUUCGGGUAGAAGACCUCGUAAGCAGGACUGGGAAGGCUUGAUUGCCAAAGUCAGAGGGCGCCUGUCCUCCUGGAAAUCUUCGUACAUCUCUAUUGGAGGACGGCUUACCCUAGUCAACUCGGUGUUAUCGGCGGUACCAACAUACUGGAUGUCUCUCUACAAGUUACCGACGUGGGUGAUCAAAGAAAUUGAUAGGAUUAGAAGAGAUUUUCUUUGGUCUGGUCCUGACAUUGAUCAUCCGGGAUGUCGCCUUGUGGCUUGGAGAAAUAUCUGUCGCGCCAAGGAGCAAGGAGGCUGGGGUAUCUUGGAGCUAUCGUCCUUUAACCUGGCCUUGCUUGGGAAAUGGAGAUGGAAACUCCUGAAUGACCCGCACUGGGGAGGAACCAAGAUCCUUCGUUUCAACUAUAAUGUUACUACUUGGGACUUGUUCAAGAGUCCGAAUGGGAGAGUUUCUUUCUUUUGGUCUGGGGUUUCCCGUCGCCUCCCCGCGUUCAGGGGUUGUGUUUCGGUUCAGAUCAAGGAGGGUUCUACGACUCUCUUCUGGAAGGAUAGAUGGCUAAAUGGCACUGCGCCGAUGUACAUUUGGCCAGAAGAAUUUCUGGCGUCUCCUUCGCCUAACGGGACGGUUCGGGAGUUUGUGUCGUUACUUGGGAGACCGCCGUUUGCGAACUACCCCGGGGUGGAGCAGCUGCGCUCUAGCUCAAAUGUGCUGACGGAAAGUGAUAGGGACUUAAAGGUUUGGGGACUGACGGCCAACGGGUCUUUUUCUGUCAAGUCAUUCUACUGUCUUUUGAAUGAUAGGGGACUGCGUUGCCCCCUUGCAACAUCCUUUUGGAAAGGCCCCUGCCCUAGGAAGGUUAACAUCUUUAAUUGGCUCGCUUGGAAGAACAAGAUUCUUUCUCUGGAAAAUCUUGCUAGACGUAGAUGUAAUAGACUUCCGACUGACACUUGUGUUCUUUGCCAUUCGGAUACUGAAUCGGCUGACCAUCUAUUCUUAAAGUGCCGGUUCUCCAGGGAAGUUUGGUCCUUGUUUAGCAGGUUUCUAAUGUUACCUGAACUUCCCCUGUCAAUGGGCAGUUUAUGGAGUGACUGGAGAGCUGCCUUACGUCCAGCGGUGCGGGGUCUUGGGGAUUGGGUUGUUAAAGCUUUUGUGUGGUCUAUUUGGCUUACGAGAAAUGAUUAUAUCUUUGCUGAUAAAUGUGUUUAUCCCCAUGUUGUCAUGAAGAAGACUGCUCAUUUGAUGUUAUCUUGGUUCUCUGCAGCUCCAGAUGGUUUGAGAGUGAAGUUGGAGGAUCCUAUCUCCUCUAUCAGGCGUAGCCUCGAGUUUGCAGGACCUCUUGCUGCGGGGGUGGAGGCCACUCCCUCGAUUGAGGUGGUUCAGACUAGUGGUGAGGAGUAG